CCCUGGGAGCCUCACGAGGUGCAGGCACUGUGUUCAUUUGUCAAAAUGAAUGCAUCUACCCUUUUUGGAACUGGUGGUAGGGGGAGCAUGGGAGUUGAGAGGCAGAAAGUUGAAGCAUGGAACAAGUGCCGAUUUGCUAUUAUUUCUGCAGGAGGAAGAAGUGAUCGAUCGUUAGAAAAAAUAAGGAAAAAAUGGCAAGAUCUUUCCUCAAAAGCCAAGAAAUACAGUGUACAGAGAAGAAAGCAAGUGCAUGGAACAGGAGGCGGAGAAUUCAUCCCACCAAACGAGCAGUACGAGUUGGUGCUUCAAGCCCUCCCAAACGAACUCAGAGAUGGAAUAACAGCCAUUGGAAACUCGGAAACUAUCCCAUCAAUCGGACAACUUCCUCUGGUAGAUGCAACGGGGAAAAUGAGUCAGCCAACAUCAAGCUCUGUGUUUGUUGAAAGAGAGAAGAUCCCAUCAAUCGGACAACUUCCUCUGGUAGAUGCAACGGGGAAAACGAGUCGGCCAACAUCAAGCUUUGUGUUUGUUGAAAGAGAGAAGAGGUCUGUACCAAUAACAGAGUCAGAAACAGAAGAUUCUCAGGAAAGACGACAAGCGAUGAAGAAACGGAAGAAAGGAAAAAGGCUGAAGAAGGACUCAGAUGAGGUAGACCUUCUCACGUUAAAUAAGACAAUGGUGUUGAAAGAAGAACGAAAAGUGGUAGCACUGGAAGGUAUCUUGUCUACUCUGAAAGUUAUUCAUGGAUUACUGGAAUGUAUUUCAUCAAAUUUCAAUCAAUCAGGACCAGAGCAGUAGUGUUCUAGGUUUGCCACCAUCGAGUCCAGUCGUACAUUAGGUCUCAGAUAAAUGUCACAGUGAUUAAUCAUAAUAUUUUAAUGAAAUUCUGAUAUUAACGCAAUAAAAUGAAUUCUCAAUUAUUUAUCAAUGUUAUAUGAGGAUUUAUCAUCAUAUCGUUGAGACUACUAUUUUAAGCAAUUAAUUUAAUUCUCAAUUAUUUAUUUCAUUUAAUAGCAAGAACUGUGAUUGAUUAAUAUUUUUAGAGAAGUAGUCAGUUCUGCUCACCGUGACAAUGUAUUUGUAUGAUCCAUUAACCUUAUGCAUUAAUAAACAUCUAUACGUACACGGAUUUGAAAUUAUAUGAAACAUCUUUAAAAGUGAAUGGAGUAUAAUGUAUCAAUGCAAAUCAAUAGGAAUCAACUUGUAUUUUAGCAGCAGGAAGAUUUUAUUGAAAAAUGAUGACCAUGGUCUUGGAAAGAUGUGAAUUCACAUUACAAAGUCUGUAAAGAACAAUGAAGGUGAGCUGAAUAAAAGUCUAUUGAAAUCA